GCGAUUAUGCAGUUAUGCUUGCUUUUGAGAACCUGUUAAAGACGAUAACAAAAGGCUACGUCACUCAAUCACCACUCAUGUUAUCAGAGGCAGACAGGCAGCAUAUGAUAACUGAUAAAGUAUUUGUACUUAAAGUUGUUAAUCGGAGCCCAAUGAUAUCGAUUGGAACAGACAAAUUCACAUUUUUAGUCAAUAGUCAGAAAGAGGCGAAAGCGCAAGGGACACGUAGCCCCACCUAGAAAAAAGAAAAGAAAGAAAGUAGUAAAAUGGAUUUCUACUAUUUACCUCCAUCACCACCUUGUCGCGCUGUGGAAAUGGCCGCCAAAGCAGUGGGUGUCACCCUGAACAAGAAAAUUGUCAACGUUGCGGCAAAGGAACAAUUAAACCCCGACUUCGUAAAAAUCAAUCCCCAACACACAAUACCCACAAUAGUGGAUAAUGGUUUUGUCCUAUGGGAGUCACGUCCGAUACUUAUCUAUUUGGCUGAAGGCUAUGACAAAACUGGUGAACUCUACCCCAAAGUACCCAAAACUAAGGCCAUCAUCAAUCAAAGACUGUACUUUGAUAUGGGUGUAUUCUACAAGAGUUUCCUGGAAUAUUAUGUUCCCAUCAUGCUAAGAAAUCAGCCAGCAGAUCCCGAAAAAUUCAAAGAUGUAGAGGCAGCUUUUGAACUUUUAGAUACUUUUCUAACGGCCAAACCGUAUGCGGCCGAUACGGACACCUACACCAUUGCCGACAUUGCCUUGGUUGCCAGCAUGACUAACUAUGAGAUGGCCGGCUUUGAUUACAGCAAAUAUGCCAAUGUAGCUAAAUGGUAUGAAAACUGCAAACGGGUUAUUCCUGGCUAUGAGGAAAAUGUGGUGUCUAGCAAAGAUUUGAGCUACUUUCAACUUACUAAACAGCCAACACAAGGCGAAUAGAAACUAUUUAAAUUGCUAAAGUUACCAUGGCGAGAGAAUGUUAAGUUUAAAAGGUGCUCUAGUUUGUAUUUCUUAUAUUAAGAACUGGAAGAGAAAGACAAAAAAAAAAUGCAAAGAAAAAUGUUAGACUUUAG